UGCUCUCAGAGCUGCUGAAGAGAAUCUCUUGAAGCUUCCUGUUAAGUUCUUUAGAAGAGACAUGGCACAAACUGGACUUCUGAUUUUUCUCCUUAUAAGUAUACUACUGCUGGAUGAGACCAUCAGCCAGGCUUCCAAAUUCAAAGCCAGGAAGCACAGCAAACGUAGAGUGAAAGAAAAAGAUGACCUAAAGACCCAGAUUGACAAAUUGUGGCGAGAAGUAAAUGCUCUGAAAGAGAUGCAAGCACUUCAGACAGUUUGCCUUCGUGGGACAAAGGCGCAUAAGAAGUGCUAUCUCAUAUCAGAAGGCACUAAACAUUAUCAUGAAGCCAAUGAAGACUGCAUAGCCAGGGGAGGGACACUGGCUAUCCCAAGGAAUAACGACGAAACAAACACUCUUCGAGAUUAUGGCAAGAAAAGUAUGCCUAGAGUGUCUGAGUUUUGGCUGGGUGUCAAUGACAUGACAAAUGAAGGGAAAUUUGUUGAUGUUAAUGGUAUGGCUCUACAGUACUUCAACUGGGAUCGCGCCCAACCAAAUGGAGGGAAGCGUGAAAACUGUGUCUUCUUUUCUCAGUCAUCACAAGGAAAGUGGGUGGAUGAAGUCUGCCGUACUGCCAAAAGAUAUAUUUGUGAAUUUCUGAUCCCAUAACUACAUAUACAAAUGACAUGACCAUGUAAUGGGUUAUUAACUAUUUUGCUAUUUUGCUUGUUUGUAACCCCUCCCACUUAGACAGUGGCGAGUUAAAAAUAUCCAUUUCCUGCAUUGUACUCACUUUUUCCAGAAACAGAAGUUUUCUCUAUUAAUUUAUUUUUCAUUCAGAUGCUAAAAAUAUUAUCUUUAGUGAGUGAUCUCAUUAGGUACAGGAACAUGCAUUAUAUUUUGACCUAGAUUGUAUCAUAUUUCAGCAUAUUGUUUCAGGCUGAUGUUCGAGUUGCUGGAAUUCACCU